CGGGGAAGGGCCAAAUUUUCUUGGAUGAUUAGGGGCUGUCGAAUCCAGGAUGGCUGUCUUAUCGCUUCUGUUGUUGGGUGGUUUAUGGAGCGCUGUGGGAGCGUCCGAUAUGGCUGUCGUUACUUGCGGCUCUGUGGUGAAGCUACUCAAUACGCGCCACAAUGUCCGACUGCACUCUCAUGACGUGCGCUAUGGGUCAGGUAGUGGGCAGCAGUCAGUGACAGGUGUAACCUCUGUGGAUGACAGCAACAGUUAUUGGAGAAUACGGGGGAAGACUGCCACAGUGUGUGAAAGGGGAACCCCCAUCAAGUGUGGCCAGCCCAUCCGACUGACACACAUCAAUACUGGUCGAAACCUCCACAGCCACCAUUUCACUUCACCUCUUUCUGGAAACCAGGAGGUGAGUGCCUUUGGGGAGGAAGGUGAAGGCGACUAUUUGGAUGACUGGACAGUGCUCUGUAAUGGCCCUUACUGGGUGAGAGAUGGUGAAGUGAGAUUCAAACAUUCUUCCACUGAAGUACUCCUGUCUGUCACAGGAGAACAAUAUGGUCGACCUAUAAGUGGACAAAAAGAGGUACAUGGUAUGGCCCAGCCAAGUCAGAACAACUAUUGGAAGGCCAUGGAAGGCAUCUUUAUGAAGCCCAGUGAGUUGUUGAAGGCAGAAGUCCAUCAUGCAGAGCUAUGACUGUAAAUCCUCUGAGCCACUGUCACCACACAGUGUUUGUAGACAUCUGUUGCUGCUUUACCCUGGGAUCCCUGCUCCAGGUUCUGAGCAGUGGCUUAGGCCCCACUGAGAUGGAGGGACACAGUAGAAAACAGUGGCUGCUUUUGG